AUGCUCGAGGAUGCUGAGAAUUGUUGCGAGGAGAAGAAAGUGUGGAGAGUUUUUUCUCCAAGUUGUAUUAUGAUGUAUGAAACUCAGCCGUUCUUUCUAAAUGAUACAGUUUCUAAUGCUCAUGUGCCUCAACAAGCCAAAGAAAAGGACGGAACGAAGUCAUGGAUCAUAAUAGUCAUUGUAGUAAUCGGAACAGUAGUAGCAGCUCUACUCGCUUCGAGCACAUACUAUUUAUGCUGCUUAAAGCAUAGAAAAAAUAGAAGAAAUUACCGGCAAAAUCUUAGUCCAAUCUUUUCUCAAGAUCAGUCUGACAUCGAGGAGACUGGAAAUACUGACCUAUCAAUGAUGCCUUUGAGUACCAUUCUGAAAAGUACUAAUAAUUUUAGUGAUGAAUAUAAAUUAGGGAAAGGUGGAUUUGGAACUGUCUACAAGGGUGUUUUAGCUGAUGGAAGGGAAAUUGCUGUUAAAAGGCUUUCAAAAACAUCGGUUCAAGGUGUGGAGGAAUUAAAAAAUGAAAUAAUAUUGAUUGCCAAAUUGCAGCAUCGAAACCUUGUGAGACUAUUGGCUUGCUGCAUUGAGCAAAAUGAAAAGCUUCUUAUCUAUGAAUACUUGCCUAAUUCAAGCCUUGAUUUCCACCUAUUUGAUAUGGUGAAGAAGGGUGCACAACUAGAUUGGAAACAACGAUUAAAUAUUAUUAAUGGGAUUGCAAAAGGACUUCUAUAUCUUCAUGAAGACUCUAGGCUCAGAGAUAUUCAUAGAGACUUGAAGGCUAGCAAUAUACUAUUAGAUCAUGAAAUGAAUCCAAAAAUAUUAGACUUUGGACUGGCAAGAACAUUUGGAGGAGACCAGGAUGAAGCAAGGGUCCAAAUCCUUGACGAGCGCCCUAAUAUAAAACCACAUUUUUCCCCUUUAGUAAGCGAUACCUUUUUUUCCUUACCUUUUCGCAUCAUUUGCUUAGAAGAAAACAAAUAA